AUGCGGCGGCGGAGGACGGAGGUCGGGGCCGCUCCCCCGGCUCCCCCGGCGGCCCCCGUCAGGCAGGCGGUCCUCAGCAGGUUCUUCCGGCCGGCGGGACGUGUGAGGGCCGGGCCCCGUCACCCCGGCGACCCCCGUCACCCCCGUGACCCCGGUGACCCGCCGGCCUCGCCUCCGUCACCUCAGCCGUGCCCGGCAGCUGAAAUUGCAAGACUAACGAAAAGAGCUUCUGAAAACAAUGGACCGAUCAAAAAACGAGCCAAAACAGCUCAAGGAAAUGGAGGAGAAAGAAGCGAUAUGGGUAUGACUGGAAGUGUUGAGCCAAAGAAAUGUCUGAGACCCAGGGUAGCUUUAAAAUCACUGGAAAAAUUGAGAGAAUUCUGCAGUGAUUCUGAGCCUCCUUGCAGCAGAGCCCAAACCGAGCCUUUUCUGGGGAGGAGACCUGCAACUUUGGAAAAAUGCACUGAUUUUGAAGACAUCAGCAUACAUUUAAAGAAGUCUGUAGGUUCUGAGGACUUCAACUCCCACAGGAAUCAGAAGGAAGGAUCACAUUUUGGUCUUGGUCAAUUUGCAUCAUCAAAUAAAAUUUGUGAAAACCUUCAAAAUUCCUCCGACCUCAAGCUCACUAAUAAAAGAACAAAAAGCAUCUAUACACCUCUAGAGCUGCAGUUCAUGGAAAUGAAACAACAGCAUAAAGAUGCAAUUUUGUGCGUGGAAUGUGGCUACAAAUACAGGUUCUUUGGGGAAGAUGCAGAGAUUGCAGCCCGAGAACUGAAUAUAUAUUGCCAUCUAGAUCACAACUUUAUGACAGCAAGUAUACCCACUCACCGAUUGUUUGUUCAUGUACGCCGACUCGUGGCAAAUGGACACAAGGUGGGAGUUGUGAAACAAACAGAAACGGCAGCGCUGAAAGCUAUUGGAGAGAACAAAAGUUCUUUAUUUACACGGAAAUUGACUGCCCUUUAUACUAAAUCUACACUGAUUGGAGAAGAUGUGAACCCUUUGAUGCUUGAUGACACUGUAGAUGUUGAAGAUACGGCAACUGAUACAUCCAGCAAUUAUCUCCUAUGUAUCUGUGAAAAUCAAAAUCAAGAAAAUGUCAAAGAUAAGAAAAAAGGGACUAUUUUCAUUGGCAUUGUGGGAGUACAGCCUGCUACUGGGGAAGUAGUAUUUGACAGCUUCCAGGACUCGGGUUCCCGUUCGGAAUUGGAAACUCGAAUAUUGCGCCUGCAGCCGGUUGAACUUCUGCUACCAUCAGAUUUGUCAGAUCAGUCGGAGAAGUGCAUCAGCAGGAUAACCUCCAUUUGUGUCCGAGAUGACAGAAUUCGAGUAGAACGAAUGGACAGCCUUCAUUUUGAAUACAGUCAAGCCUUCCAGCUGAUCACAGAGUUUUAUUCCAAAGAUGUUCUUGGCAUUCAAGGUCCCCCCAGUUUUUCUGGAAUCUUAGAUUUGGAUAAGCCUGUGAUUUGCUCUCUGGCAGCAGUAAUUAAAUAUCUUAAAGAAUUUAAUUUGGAGAAGACACUUUACAACACAAGAAAUUUUAAGCAGCUGUCAAGUGAAAUGGAAUAUAUGACAAUUAAUGGGACAACGCUGAAGAAUCUGGAAAUCUUACAGAAUCAGACGGAUUUGAAAAUCAAAGGCAGUCUGCUCUGGGUCUUAGAUCACACCAAAACUCCAUUUGGACGGCGAAGGCUGAAAAAAUGGGUCACCCAACCCCUCCUGAAAUCACGGGAAAUAAAUGCUCGCCUGGAUGCUGUGUCUGAGGUUCUUCUUUCCGAAUCCAGCGUGUUUGGCCAAAUACAAAAUCAUCUUUGUAGACUGCCUGAUCUAGAGAGAGGCCUCUGUAGCAUUUAUCACAAAAAGUGUUCUACCCAAGAGUUCUAUUUGAUUGUCAAGAACUUAUGCCGCCUGAAGACAGAAAUUCAACCUUUAGUUCCUGCUAUUCAUUCCCAUGUCAAAUCAUCGUUGCUGCAGAAGCUUUUCCUGGAAAUUCCUGAACUUCUUGGCCCAGUGGAAUACUAUUUAAAGAUACUCAAUGAACAAGCUGCUAAAACUGGAGAUAAAACUCACUUAUUCCAGGACCUGACAGAUUUUCCAUCCAUACGUAAAAGAAAGGAUGAAAUCCAGGAUGUGACCUCUCGGAUCCAUGACCAUUUGCAAGAAAUACGGAGAAUACUUAAGAAUCCUUCUGCACAAUAUGUAACGGUAUCAGGACAGGAGUUUAUGAUAGAAGUGAAGAAUUCUCUCGCAUCAUCCAUACCAUCUGAUUGGGCUAAGGUUGGAAGCACAAAAGCUGUCAGCCGCUUCCAUUCUCCUUUUAUUGUUGAAAAUUACAGACAUCUGAAUCAGCUCCGGGAGCAGCUAGUCCUUGACUGCAACACUGAAUGGCUAAAUUUUCUAGAUCAUUUCAGUGAACAUUAUCACUCAUUCUGUAAGGCAGUUCAUCACCUGGCAACUGUCGACUGCAUUUUUUCACUGGCCAAGGUUGCUAAACAAGGAGAUUAUUGCAGACCAACUGUGGAAGAUGAAGGGAGAAAAAUAGUCAUCAAAAAUGGCCGGCACCCCGUGAUUGAUGUGCUACUGAAAGAGCAAGAUCAGUAUGUGCCCAAUAGUACUCAUUUAUCAGGGGACUCGGAGAGAGUAAUGAUAAUUACCGGACCCAACAUGGGAGGCAAAAGCUCCUACAUAAAGCAGGUUGCACUGAUUACUCUCAUGGCCCAGAUUGGCUCUUAUGUACCAGCAGAAGAAGCCUCAAUUGGGAUCGUUGAUGGUGUCUUCACAAGGAUGGGAGCUGCAGAUAAUAUAUACGAGGGGCGGAGUACGUUUAUGGAAGAACUGACAGACACAGCAGAAAUCAUUAAAAAAGCAACAUCCCAAUCCUUAGUCAUUUUGGAUGAACUGGGAAGAGGAACAAGCACACAUGAUGGGAUUGCCAUUGCUUAUGCUACGCUUGAAUAUUUCAUCAGAGAUGUGACAUCACUGACCCUGUUUGUCACCCAUUAUCCACCAGUGUGUGAACUAGAGAAAAGUUAUCCACAGGAAGUAGGAAACUAUCACAUGGGCUUUCUGGUUAAUGAAGAAGAGUGUGAAGAGAGACCAGGAUCUGAAGAUGAGCAAACCCCUGAAUUUGUCACUUUUCUCUAUCAAAUAACUAGAGGAGUUGCUGCAAGGAGUUACGGGCUAAAUGUAGCCAAACUGGCCGAUGUUCCUGGAGAAAUCUUAAAGAAAGCAGCUCACAAAUCCAAAGAACUUGAGGAGUUGGUAAAUAUGAAAAGAAAACGACUAAAGUCAUUCGUAAGAUUAUGGACUAUAAAUGAUGCUGUGGCGUUGAAAGAGUGGGCAAACGAGUGAAACAGAUUGAAAUUCGGACUGCUUUUCAUAUCUAUUUUACUGUCUCAUUUGAAGAAUGCAUCAGUGGAAAGAAAAAAAACCUGCCUAAAAUAUAGUUAAUCAGUGACAAAUGCAGAGCUCCAGCCUGUCAUUCAGCUACAUUUCACAGGAAAUGUAGCUGUUGGGGGUUUGCUUAUUAAAAAUGAAGGCCAAGAUUUGCAGACAAUGUUUUAUUAGCUUCCCUUUUCCAUGAUUUUAAAAAGUGUCACCGGGAGUUUUACAUGUCAAAAAGUUUGUGCCUGUGUAAUUUAAAAACAGAAACUUCACUAAUAAUCAAGUUAGUAAAGUCUGAAGUAAAAGGUUUUUUUUAAUGAAAUAAAGCAUUAUGUAAACACGGCCA